AUGAAGCAAAAUCCACAGAACGGGGAUCUUAAGAAACAAAUCCAAGAGAGGCAGUCGAGAAUAGCAGCUCUUAAUGAAAAACAAGCUUUGGGAACCGUUACUUCAGUGCCGAUUAAAGUUCCUCAGGUCAGUUCCUUGCAGAGGUUGGCAGGACAAAGACCAGCAGUGCUACCUCAGGUUAGGCCAAAGACUCUGAUCCCAGACAGCCUCCCAAUUUCUCCAUGCAGAGAUCAACCUUCCAAGCAACCUCCAACGUUUCAGAAGGCAACAGUGGUCAGCAUCAAGAACCCAGCUCCUGCCCUCCCCACUGCCAAUAAUACUGUUAGCCAUGUACAGACGUCCAGCAGCCAAUCACAAAGUGUCACAGAGACGGCAGCCAUCUCCUCAUCCCUGAAUAGUGCUGGGGUAGCAUAUGCCAUUAUCUCAACAUCUCCCAAUAAUGCAAUGCCCAUCAACACCAGCACUGCUGUCUCGGUGGUUAAUGACAGCAUUAAAGUGCAACCACUUCUCAUCAGUGCUGACAGCAAGGUCAUCAUCAUUCAACCUAAAGUUCAAACUCAGACAGAAAAUAAAGUGGAGAUAAAGAAACCUGUUGAAGAGUCAACUCAGGGACCUGCUACCAAAAAGAGAAAAGAUGAAAAUCCAGAGAAAAUUGCCUUUAUGGUAGCGUUAGGCCUGGUUACGACUGAAUACUUGGAAGAAAUCCAGAGCAAACGUCAGGAAAGAAAAAGAAGAAGUACCGCCAAUCCAGCUUACAGUGGACUCUUGGAAACUGAGGUAGCCCAACAUUUAAACAUUGUCACUUUUGGUUUUACUUCUGGCUCAUGCAAGUUUAAAAAUACUACAACUGAGAAUGAGGUCAGCCAUGAGGAAUACUGUUCAGCAUGCAAGCAUGGUGCCAACUUACAACCUUGUGGAACAUGCUCCAGGGCCUAUCACCUCAGCUGCUUGGAUCCUCCCUUGAAGACUGUUCCUAAAGGAGUAUGGGUCUGUCCCAAGUGCCAAGAAAAGGUGUUAAAGAAAGAUGACAAUGUCCCCUGGUCUGGAACUCUGGCUGUGGUGCAAUCAUACGUUACUCAUAAAACAGUCAAAGAAGAAGAGAAGAGGAGGCUAUUAAAGAGGAGCAGUGAAUUAAGAGGAGAACACAGACAGCUGGAGGAAAAAGAAUGCUUUCUUAAUAAUGCAAUGAAGAAAUGCCUAGAGCUCAAAAACAGCCUGUUGGCCCAGCAAAAAGGGGUUCAAUCAUCGCUGGAACACCUCAAAACUCUCAUUAGACUGAUUCAGAAUGAGCAGAUGCUUCAGGUUACCAUGACAACAACCACCUCCUCCUCCUCCUCCCUGCUGACUGUCCCCUGGACCAAACCAUCUUCUGCCUCGGCUGCUGCUGCUGCUCCCCAACCCUUGCACUCGACACAGGGCAACAACUGA